AUGUUAGACCCUCUCUGGCUCUUUUUCAGCCUUGUGGCUGUGACUGCUGCUCAACUCUCCACUGAAGAAAGUGCUAAAGAAUUUCUGGAAAAAUUUAAUGAGGAAGCGGAAGAGAUAUAUUAUCAAAGUUCACUUGCUUCUUGGGAUUAUAACACUAAUAUUACUGAUGAGAAUGUCCAAAAGAUGAAUGAAGCAGACGCCAGGUGGUCUGCAUUUUAUAAUGCCCAGUCCGACAUUGCCAGAACAUUUCCACUAACCGAAAUUUCAGAUCCCAAAGUCAAACUUCAGCUUAAGUCUCUCCAGGAGAAAGGAACUGCAGUGUUAUCAGCUGAGAAGAGUGCACGGCUGAACACCGUCUUGAAUACCAUGAGUACUCUCUACAGCACCGGAACCGUCUGUAAACCAAAGAAUCCCCAGGAAUGUUUGUUGCUUGAACCAGGUUUGGAUGAAAUUAUGGCAGAGAGCAAAGAUUAUUAUGAAAGGCUAUGGGCCUGGGAAGGCUGGAGAGCUAAAGUUGGCAAAGAAAUGAGGCCAUUAUAUGAAGAAUAUGUGGAACUAAAAAAUGAAGUUGCAACAGGAAAUGACUAUGAAGACUAUGGGGAUUAUUGGAGAGCAGAUUAUGAAACUGAAGAAUCAAGUGAAUAUAGCUAUAGUCGUUCUCAGCUGAUUGAAGAUGUGGAACAAAUCUUCCUCCAGAUAAAACCACUGUAUGAGCAUCUACAUGCCUACGUGAGGAGAAGGCUGAUGGACACCUAUGGGCCUCUAAUCAGUGAAACUGGGGGUCUUCCUGCCCAUUUGCUUGGUGACAUGUGGGGCAGAUUUUGGACAAAUCUAUAUUCACUGACAGUGCCCUACUCAGAAAAACCAAACAUUGAUGUGACUCAGGCCAUGAAGGACCAGAAUUGGGAUGCACAAAGGAUAUUUGAGGAAGCUGAGGAAUUCUUUAUAUCCGUUGGCCUCUUUAAUAUGACGGAGGGCUUCUGGAGCAACUCAAUGCUCACAGAGCCUAAUGAUGGCAGAAAAGUGGUUUGCCACCCUACAGCCUGGGAUCUGGGAAAAGGGGAUUUCAGGAUUAAGAUGUGCACAAAAGUGACGAUGGAUGACUUUCUGACUGCCCAUCAUGAGAUGGGUCACAUCGAGUAUGACAUGGCAUAUGCUUCCCAACCUUUUCUGCUGAGAAGUGGGGCCAAUGAAGGGUUCCAUGAGGCAGUUGGAGAAAUCAUGUCGCUCUCGGCAGCCACACCUUCACAUUUACAAGCCCUUGGUCUCCUGCCAUCAACUUUUCAGGAGGAUCCUGAUACAGAUAUAAAUUUCCUGUUCAAGCAAGCCCUCACCAUUGUUGGAACAAUGCCCUUUACUUACAUGCUGGAGAAGUGGAGAUGGUUGGUCUUCAAGGGUGAAAUUCCCAAAGAUGAAUGGAUGAAAAAGUGGUGGGAGAUGAAGCGUGAGAUAGUUGGUGUGGUGGAGCCCCUGCCCCAUGAUGAAACCUACUGUGACCCUGCUACUCUGUUUCAUGUUGCUAAUGAUUAUUCCUUCAUCAGAUAUUUUACAAGGACCAUUUAUCAAUUCCAGUUCCAUGAAGCUCUUUGUAGAGUUGCUCAGCCUUCGGCUGCUCUUCAUAAGUGUGACAUCACCAAUUCCACUGCAGCUGGCUCAAAGUUGCUGGAUAUGCUGACGCUGGGAAAAUCAGAACCUUGGACUGUAGCAUUAGAAAAUAUUGUAGGAAGUAAAACGAUGGACGCGACACCAUUGCUUGAAUACUUUGAGCCCUUAUUAACAUGGCUAAAAGAAGAAAACAAGAAUGCAUAUGUGGGUUGGGAUGCUGCCUGGAGUCCUUAUAGUGACAACAGCAUCAAAGUAAGGAUAAGUCUGAAAUCAGCACUUGGAGAUGAUGCAUAUGAAUGGAAUGAAAAUGAAAUGUAUUUGUUCCAGGCGUCAAUUGCUUUUGCCAUGAGACAGUAUUUUUUACAAGAAAAAAAAGAGACCAUCCUUUUUACGCAUGAAGAUGUGUGGGUAUAUGAUUUGAAACCCAGGAUCUCCUUCUAUUUCUUUGUCACUACCCCUCAAAAUGAGAGCUAUGUUCCCAGAGAAGAAGUAGAAGAAGCAAUCAGGCUCUCUAGGAGCCGCAUCAACGAUGCCUUCCGCCUGAAUGACCAGACCCUGGAGUUUGUGGGCAUCCUUCCCACACUGGAACCUCCUUAUGAGCCACCUGUCACUGUAUGGCUUAUUAUAUUUGGAGUGAUCAUGGGAAUUGUAGUGAUUGGAAUUUUACUCCUAAUAUAUACUGGAGUCAGAGACAGAAGAAAGCGAAAGAAAGGAGGAGAAACGAAGCAAGUAGAGAACCCCUAUGGUGAAGUGCAUUCUGUUGGGGGACAACAUAAUCCAGGUUUCCAAAGCAUUGAGGAAGUUCAAACUUCAUUUUAGAAAAUCUUUUCUUAUUUUCUUCCUCAUUUCAUUUCCUGUAAAUAUUAACAUCACGUAGUGAACACAGGUGAUGCUCCUGUAAAUGCCCUUGAAAAACCAAAAUGCAACUUCAAUCAGGAACUGCUUCCACUCCAACAAAAAAGUUACAGGACCAAAUCUACUGUGUUUCUAUUAUUUACUGCUUUCUCAGAACUACACAUCUCUUCCAUUUCCCCAAGAGAAAAAAAAUAAAGGAACAGUGGCUU